AUGCACCCCUUUUCCGUCCUCACCCUUGGGAUCUUCGUCGCGGGCUACACCACUGCCAGGUGGGAUCUUGUUACCCGGCUUUACGAAUUGGCUAUCUUUGCGUGGGAUCACGGCGUCGUGGAUGACAACAUGCUCAUGAGCGAUGGACUGCUGCGGGUGUUCUGGCCGUAUGAUCUCCCGCGAUCUUCGUCGCCGGGGGUGAUUAUCGGUUGGCGGAAUUCGGAGCUUGAUCUUUUUGUGCUCACGGUGCUCGAAGAUGUGGAGCCGCGUAAAGUCGACAAUGCGCUUCGUGCCGGGAUCCUCUUUCGGAAUAGUCCGCACCCUAUUGUGCGUAUCUUCACUCUCUGUGGUCGGUCUCAGAUGCAUGUCCUGGGGUCGACAAAUUCGCCUGAUCCACCAGCUGCGUUUAGCCCCUCCCAUCUCUAUGUGACCACUCAUCCGCCAUCCAAGGCUCCGCGGAUCUUCUGUCCUCCAGAGGCGAAUUUGUCUGUUCAGGUUGUCAUGUACCAUCGUCCGCAUCCGACGAGAAUGGAGUACAUGUCUCUGGAGCCGAUUUCCCUUGCUCUGGGUGAUAAGGCAGCUACGGCGAAAAUAUGGGGUCCGGUUGUCAGCAAGAUUGAGUCCGAGGAAGAGAAUGAGAAGAGCCGGUCCGAGAUGCUGGUCGAGAAGUUGAAACUUCAUACGGUGGUCAAGCAUAUUCCGUCACAGAAGGAACAGGCCCUCCCGCUCAUUGUCAACCAAGUCAACUGCGCCUAUGAGAUGGCGCAGCUCAUGCACAAGAAUAGCCACCUCAUUGGUAUCCGGGCUAAGAGGAGUAUGAGUGUCGGCGAACGCGUGGUGGAAUCCGCAACUACUCUGUGGGGUCUUUUUGUCCUCUUCGUGGCCCAUAUCUGCUGGCAAUGGAUCUGGCCCGUUAUCACAAGAUUCUUUGUCAUUGGUCUCGUGGUGCAUCGAUCUAUCGCAGAGAUUGUCCUGCAGGUCCUCGAAUGGCGGGCGCGGCCUGAUGCUGCUGCUCUGAAGGACAUUUCGGCGACAGCGCAGCAGGUCGAUAUACGACUGCAACAGUUCUGUUACUGGCCGAUCCAAUACAGCAAGCUUCGCCAGAGAAAGGAUAAUUGGGAGAGUGUCACUACAAGCCACCCGGAUUAUAUUCGAUUCUACAACAGCUUGUGGCUCGUUGCCAACGACGUGAUUAUUGGGAUCGCUCUGGGGUCUUAUAUCAUUGACAACGCGAAUUGGGUGGCUUCUCAAAUCAAUACCGUUCUCACUGGUUGGACUGUCGAAGGGCUUCAGCGCACUAUCUCAUGGUUGAUGGACUGGCCAGCCGGUCUGAAGUUGAACAACGAACUUGCUGCCUUCCUGGGUGACUUGUUCCUGUGGGUCAUCGAGAACUGGGCGGCUUGCAUUGCCAACCUACAACCUUACCUACCUCACCUGAUCUACGUUGUCGGAUGCUCCAGCUUCGCCGGAGCCAGCAUGCCCAUCGCCGUAUUUUCCGACUUACUUUCCAUCCUGACAGUCCACAUCUACUCCUUCUAUAUUGCAUCCGCCCGCAUCUUCAAUUGGCAGCUCACCAUCAUUAUCUCUCUGUUCCACCUUUUCCGCGGCAAAAAGCGGAAUGUCUUACGCAACCGAAUAGACUCAUGCGAUUACGACCUCGACCAGCUGCUGCUCGGCACCAUCUUAUUCACCGUCCUUUUCUUCCUUCUGCCUACUGUCAUUGUCUUCUACCUGACCUUUGCAUCGGCUCGGAUGUUGAUCAUCUCUAUGAAAGCGGCGUUUGACACGUGUCUUGCGUUCCUGAAUCAUUUCCCGCUCUUCGCGCUGAUGCUGCGAGUGAAGGAUUCGCGGCGCCUGCCAGGUGGUAUUCGAUUUGAGCUUCGAGACGAACCUGAAAAGCAUGUCCCAGGCUCUGAAUCAUCCGUCCGGGCUUCCUACAUCCAUCUCGAGUCCGUCCCACUACCGCUACGGGCCAUGUUCGACCAAUACUUCCAGCUAGGUCAUCGACUUCGAAAGCACUACCUUGCACCGCGGGUCAUAUUCUGUCUCGUCACCGGCCGUUUCGUUCCACCCAUCCACCGCCGCAAUCUGUACAGCAUGCAGUAUAGCAUGCUUCCCGCGCACCGCGCAGGUAUGGCCGAGGUAUGGGCGCUUCUGACCCAGCCCAAGAAAAGCAGCAGCGGUGGUGGUGCAGCCGGCUCGAUGGGAGGAGGUAUCGGUUCCUUGGGCAAUCCUGUGCCCAAAGUUCCCGCGAAUUUCGUUCAGGGCGAUCUGAGGAGACGGGGUCACCGCUGA